AUGGAGGCGCGGGUCGCGGGCGCGCCAUGAUCCGCGGAAGGAGCCCGCUGGCCGGUCUGCGGCCCUUGCUGGCCGCGCGGCGGCUCUUCGCCAGCCCGGAGGAGCCCCGGCGGCCGCUUCGGCUCAGCAGCGCUCGCGGCGGGGACUUCUUCCGAGAAUUUAAGCAGCUGACCAAUUUGCAGAGCUUCUUCACCGGUGGCACUGAUUCCCUCUCUCUGACAAGAGAGACCCCUCCCGAGCAUUCUGACGUGGUGAUUGUUGGUGGUGGGAUAAUAGGCUGGUCCAUUGCCUACUGGCUGAAAGCGAAAGAAUCACGCAGAAAUGCCUUUCGAGUAUUAGUAGUUGAGAGAGACAAUAGUUAUUCCAAAGCAUCUACAGUCCUCUCUGUCGGAGGGAUACGGCAGCAGUUUUCCGUGGUAGAAAAUAUCUGGAUGAGCUCUUUCUCGGCAUACUUCUUGCGUUUAAUCAAUGAUUAUCUUGGUGUUGUUGGAGAACCACCCAUAGAUAUUCAGUUUAAUCCCUCAGGUUAUCUCUUUCUGGCUUCAGAGAACGAAGCUGCUAUUCUGGAAGAGAAUGUGAACAUUCAAAGAAAGGAAGGAGUAGCUGUCUCUCUGCUCUCACCAGCACAACUGAAAAAGAAAUUUCCAUGGCUGAACACUGAUGGCGUAGCUCUGGCUUCUUAUGGCUUGGAAAAUGAGGGCUGGUUUGAUCCCUGGAUUCUUCUCAAUGCUUUCAAGAGAAAAGCUAUCUCUAUGGGCGUGCUCCAGUACAAUGGAGAAGUGACAUCUUUUAGCUUGGUUUCUGAAGAAAUGAAGAAUGAUGAUCAGCCUUUUAAAGUCUCGCGUAUCAAAUCUUUGAAUGUCCAGUUGCCUGAAAGUAUUGAACGUGCCAGGGUAGAGUGUGCCAUAGUGGUGAAUGCGGCAGGAGCCUGGUCAGGCAGAGUGGCAGAGAUGGCUGGCAUUGGGAACUUCAUAUCAGGGAUCAAGCUACCAGUAGAACCCAGGAAAAGGUACGUCUAUGUCUGGCACUGCCCUGAUGGACCCGGCUUGGAGUGCCCAUUGCUCAUUGACACUACUGGAGCAUAUUUUCGAAGAGAAGGUUUGGGUGGCAACUAUCUUGGAGGCUUAAGCCCAACAGAACAAGAAGAGCCACAUACCCAAGAUUUGGAAGUAGACCAUGAGUUCUUCCAGGAAAAACUCUGGCCUAAGCUUGCCCACCGAGUGCCAUGCUUCAAAUCCUUGAAGGUAAAAAGUUCCUGGGCUGGUUACUAUGACUACAACACGUUUGAUCAGAAUCCCGUAAUUGGCCAACACCCACAAGUGAUAAACCUCUACUUUGCUUCAGGCUUCAGUGGACAUGGGUUGCAGCAUGCCCCAGCAGUGGGACAAGCUAUAGCUGAGCUCAUUCUGGACUUUAAAUAUACGUCCAUCAACCUUGAGAGAUUCUCCUUCAGUCGGCUCAUCAGAGAUGAGAAGGUUCUUGAGCAAAACAUAGUCUGAAAACAUCUGUGCUGGAACCCAUUUUAAGAGUGAGGUUUAGUUGUUUCUUCUCCCCUUCUUUUCCCCCUCAGGCCCAGUCAUCCUGUGCUUAGGUGGCAGGAUGGGAAGGAUCACUGGGUUGCUGCUAUGACUGUGAGCUGCAGUUCAUUGAAGGGAUCGAUCUUGCACGAGAAUAACCCAAAGAGUAACUGGCAAGUUGUGUCUGAUGCUGCUGUGAUCAGAGCAUACAGAACCUGAAACAGAGAGGGGGGCAUUUAUUAUUCAAAUUUUAUUAUUCAAAUUUUGCUACUACCCAUCUCCCCCAAAAGGGGGACUCAACACAUUUCUUGAGGAUGGGGUUUUUCCCUCUCCAGCUGGACCUCCUCUACUGUCAUUUGAUUUCCCCUGCGCACUAGAGCUUGCAUUUCUAUUUCAGCAUAGGAAUUUUUAGAAAGAGGAAGGAGAUGACAGAAUAUCUUUUUACAUCUUCCGCCACUGUUUGGCCUGUUAGGGCUCCAGCCUCUGCCACGUGGCUUGGCUUGGGAAAGAGAAAGAGGAAGCACAACGGUUCGUUCUUGAUGAUUUGUUUGAUUGUAGAAGAAGCUGAAAGGAAACAAAAGGAAACAACCAAACCAGUCUGCUUCUUUACGCAGCUACCUCUCUCCCCCUCCUUCAAGCCAAAGGGCAAGGACAGGAUGUCCUGGACUGAAAUAGAAGUUUCCUGAGUAUAAGGUUUUAACCUGCAACCAUGAUCACCUAGGUUCCUCUAGAUCAGUGUUUCUCAACCUUGGCAACUUCAAUAUGGGUGGACUUCAACUCCCAGAAUUCCCCAGCCAGAAGUCCACAGUCCCAAGUUUGAGAAACACUGUCCUAGGAGCUCUUGCUUCCUUAGUCCAUCCCCAGCAUCUGAUAACGCAGAAACAUACUGAAUCUGUAGAAGGUCUUGACUUGUUCUUCUGACUGAAAGCUGCUGCUAAGAGGCAUACUUCAACCCCCUUCCGAAGUAUCUAAUCUGAGUACUUUUUAUGGAGUUUUGGAGCAGGGCUACAACUGGAACACAAAUGCAGUGCAAGGUACAGAGAAGGUGCAUUAGCAUUCUGUUCCCGCAUAGGCAGAUCAUCCACCGUAAAACUAAUGUCGAUUUUAGACAUCGACUCCGGGACCUUUAAUCCACAGAAUAGAAUACUGAUGUAAUGAGGUUAGUGCAUCACAUGCAAAUGAUUUUUAACACUCUGACAAUAUAAGCCAAUAAAAGAAAUCUGUUUCCAAACUGAAA